AUGUCUCAUGGUUUUUCUCGACUUGCGGCGGGGAUAUGCGUGACGUCAGGACUCCUGUUUAGUAACGUGGGACACCUCAGUAAUCUCUUCGAGGACUGGCAGGGCACGAGGGACGCUUCUCGAGUGACGUCAGGACUCCUGUCUAGUAACGAGGGACACCUCAGUAAUCUCUUCGAGGACUGGCAGGGCACGAGGGACACUUCUCGAGUGACGUCAGGACUCCUGUCUAGUAACGAGGGACACCUCAGUAAUCUCUUCGAGGACUGGCAGGGCACGAGGGACACUUCUCGAGUGACGUCAGGACUCCUGUCUAGUAACGAGGGACACCUCAGUAAUCUCUUCGAGGACUGGCAGGGCACGAUGGACCCUUCUCGAGUGACGUCAGGACUCCUGUCUAGUAACGAGGGACACCUCAGUAAUCUCUUCGAGGACUCGCAGGGCACGAGGGACCCUUCUCGAGUGACGUCAGGACUCCUGUCUAGUAACGAGGGACACCUCAGUAAUCUCUUCGAGGACUGGCAGGGCACGAGGGACCCUUCUCGAGUGACGUCAGGACUCCUGUUUAGUAACGUGGGACACCUCAGUAAUCUCUUCGAGGACUGGCAGGGCACGAGGGACGCUUCUCGAGUGACGUCAGGACUCCUGUCUAGUAACGAGGGACACCUCAGUAAUCUCUUCGAGGACUGGCAGGGCACGAGGGACACUUCUCGAGUGACGUCAGGACUCCUGUCUAGUAACGAGGGACACCUCAGUAAUCUCUUCGAGGACUGGCAGGGCACGAUGGACCCUUCUCGAGUGACGUCAGGACUCCUGUCUAGUAACGAGGGACACCUCAGUAAUCUCUUCGAGGACUCGCAGGGCACGAGGGACCCUUCUCGAGUGACGUCAGGACUCCUGUCUAGUAACGAGGGACACCUCAGUAAUCUCUUCGAGGACUGGCAGGGCACGAGGGACCCUUCUCGAGUGACGUCAGGACUCCUGUCUAGUAACGAGGGACACCUCAGUAAUCUCUUCGAGGACUGGCAGGGCACGAGGGACCCUUCUCGAGUGACGUCAGGACUCCUGUCUAGUAACGUGGGACACCUCAGUAAUCUCUUCGAGGACUGGCAGGGCACGAGGGACGCUUCUCGAGUGACGUCAGGACUCCUGUCUAGUAACGAGGGACACCUCAGUAAUCUCUUCGAGGACUGGCAGUGCACGAGGGACGCUUCUCGAGUGACGUCAGGACUCCUGUCUAGUAACGAGGGACACCUCAGUAAUCUCUUCGAGGACUGGCAGGGCAUGAGGGACGCUUCUCGAGUGACGUCAGGACUCCUGUCUAGUAACGAGGGACACCUCAGUAAUCUCUUCGAGGACUGGCAGGGCACGAGGGAUGCUUCUCGAGUGACGUCAGGACUCCUGUCUAGUAACGAGGGACACCUCAGUAAUCUCUUCGAGGACUGGCAGGGCACGAGGGAUGCUUCUCGAGUGACGUCAGGACUCCUGUCUAGUAACGAGGGACACCUCAGUAAUCUCUUCGAGGACUGGCAGGGCACGAGGGAUGCUUCUCGAGUGACGUCAGGACUCCUGUCUAGUAACGAGGGACACCUCAGUAAUCUCUUCGAGGACUGGCAGGGCACGAGGGAUGCUUCUCGAGUGACGUCAGGACUCCUGUCUAGUAACGAGGGACACCUCAGUAAUCUCUUCGAGGACUGGCAGGGCACGAGGGAUGCUUCUCGAGUGACGUCAGGACUCCUGUCUAGUAACGAGGGACACCUCAGUAAUCUCUUCGAGGACUGGCAGGGCACGAGGGAUGCUUCUCGAGUGACGUCAGGACUCCUGUCUAGUAACGAGGGACACCUCAGUAAUCUCUUCGAGGACUGGCAGGGCACGAGGGAUGCUUCUCGAGUGACGUCAGCACUCCUGUCUAGUAACGAGGGACACCUCAGUAAUCUCUUCGAGGACUGGCAGGGCACGAGGGAUGCUUCUCGAGUGACGUCGGGACUCCUGUCUAGUAACGAGGGACACCUCAGUAAUCUCUUCGAGGACUGGCAGGGCACGAGGGAUGCUUCUCGAGUGACGUCAGGACUCCUGUCUAGUAACGAGGGACACCUCAGUAAUCUCUUCGAGGACUGGCAGGGCACGAGGGAUGCUUCUCGAGUGACGUCGGGACUCCUGUCUAGUAACGAGGGACACCUCAGUAAUCUCUUCGAGGACUGGCAGGGCACGAGGGAUGCUUCUCGAGUGACGUCAGGACUCCUGUCUAGUAACGAGGGACACCUCAGUAAUCUCUUCGAGGACUGGCAGGGCACGAGGGAUGCUUCUCGAGUGACGUCAGGACUCCUGUCUAGUAACGAGGGACACCUCAGUAAUCUCUUCGAGGACUGGCAGGGCACGAGGGAUGCUUCUCGAGUGACGUCAGGACUCCUGUCUAGUAACGAGGGACACCUCAGUAAUCUCUUCGAGGACUGGCAGGGCACGAGGGAUGCUUCUCGAGUGACGUCAGGACUCCUGUCUAGUAACGAGGGACACCUCAGUAAUCUCUUCGAGGACUGGCAGGGCACGAGGGAUGCUUCUGGAGUGACGUCAGCACUCCUGUCUAGUAACGAGGGACACCUCAGUAAUCUCUUCGAGGACUGGCAGGGCACGAGGGAUGCUUCUCGAGUGACGUCAGGACUCCUGUCUAGUAACCAGGGACACCUCAGUAAUCUCUUCGAGGACUGGCAGGGCACGAGGGAUGCUUCUCGAGUGACGUCGGGACUCCUGUCUAGUAACGAGGGACACCUCAGUAAUCUCUUCGAGGACUGGCAGGGCACGAGGGAUGCUUCUCGAGUGACGUCAGGACUCCUGUCUAGUAACGAGGGACACCUCAGUAAUCUCUUCGAGGACUGGCAGGGCACGAGGGAUGCUUCUCGAGUGACGUCAGGACUCCUGUCUAGUAACGAGGGACACCUCAGUAAUCUCUUCGAGGACUGGCAGGGCACGAGGGAUGCUUCUCGAGUGACGUCAGGACUCCUGUCUAGUAACGAGGGACACCUCAGUAAUCUCUUCGAGGACUGGCAGGGCACGAGGGAUGCUUCUCGAGUGACGUCAGGACUCCUGUCUAGUAACGAGGGACACCUCAGUAAUCUCUUCGAGGACUGGCAGGGCACGAGGGAUGCUUCUCGAGUGACGUCAGGACUCCUGUCUAGUAACGAGGGACACCUCAGUAAUCUCUUCGAGGACUGGCAGGGCACGAGGGAUGCUUCUCGAGUAUUCUCGGGGCAUCUCUCGAGUUGCCUGAAGGAAGUCAAGCCACUGGACAUGUUUAAUGGGAAACGGGGGAUGGCUCUGGAGUCCAUGCAGGGGAACCGGGCCUUAUCUCGAGUUGAUUUGGGGCACAUGGAGCUGUUUUGCGUUGCAGGGGUGACCUCAGUGUUCGUCUAG